AUGGAGACUUUAGAAGUUCACUCCAAGGAUUUCCUUGUGAAGUGGGUGCAUGCUGUCGACAACUCUUCUAUCGUUUGGCAGGUGAAGCCAUUAAAGAAGUCCAUCAACUUUUCAAUUUACAAAAAAGCUACCUCAAAUGAAUUGGAGGAUUGCGGGGAUAAUUCAAAUCAUGGAAGCCAGGAUUUGCUGGCCCCUGAGGGAAAGCAAUUUCGAAACAUCUCAUCAAGUGAAGGAUUAUCUGAUCUGUCUCGCAUGAGAUCGGGAUCUGUCGCCUCGGUGAAUCAAAUCACACAACUGAACUCUCUUAGAAGUAAGUCGAGAUCUACCUCUUUUACUAAUAGUUUGAGUAGCUCGAACUUGAUAUUGGUGAAGGACUACUUCAAGUUGGUACCCGGUGAACUUGUGCGUGGCCAAUUCUAUGUUGAGAAGGAGGGAAUGUACGCAUUCAUAUUUGAUAAUUCAUUCUCGAAAGCGGUUAGCAAAAAGGUUCUUUUUAGCUCUAAGCUCGUCACCAACGCGGAACCGCCUUCUUCGCUCGUGCAAUCUGAGACCAGUCCUGAGAUGGUUUCAGAAGCGCAAGGCACAACCGUAAGUAAAGCAUCUACCAAUAUCAUGAGGUUGAAGGAUGGUGAGUUAAUGAUGAGCACUUUGCUUAAGAGAAAAAGAAAAAAGCUUCAAGGCUUCACUAAAAGAACAUUUGUAUUGAAUUUCAAGUACAGUACCUUGUCGUACUUUAAGAUUAAUGAUAACAAAUUAAGGGGUCAAAUGCCUAUAUUACAUUCCAUAGUGAGCGCCAAUUCUAGGACAAGGGAAAUUUUCGUCGACUCUGGUAUGGAAGUGUGGGAUUUGAAAGCUCUCAACCAAAGUGAUUUUGAGGCCUGGAUCAAUGCUUUUGACAAAGUAAAGAAAGGGCUGAAUGAAUUUCGUCUGGAUGACUCCGAGGAUGCCAAAGCCUUGUCGGAAUCUGUGGAGCCUUUAUUGCACGAACUUGAAGGUUUGAGUGACAACCUCGCUUCAUUAGUGAAAGCCAGCUCAAAUCUCGAUCGUGACCAACUCGAGUCCCGCUUACUGGAGUUGUCUACAAGCAUGCAGAAUAUUUUGCUCUCGCAAAAGAGGAAAGACAAUAGUUUGACUCCAGUACUUUCUAACUCUGAGUUCUUUGAUGCAGAAGAAACAUUGGAUGCUUCUUCACGUGGAGUAGUCCUCAUGGACGUUGUUGAUCGCAAACAGUCUGAAGAUGAUUUUGAGGAGGAACACGAAGAGUCUGAUCUGUCUUCUGACGCUGAAUCGGACGAGCUCCCCGCGCCGUCCGUUGAAGUCAAGGAAGCGAAGCAUGUCGAGAAGGGUGAAGCUGAUAUGGACCUGUGUCUCUACCCUUUGCCAUUAGAUCCCAUCUCAAGAGAAUGCGAUAUACCCUCAUGUGACCAUGAACCACCAAAUUUACUUUCGUUCGUAAGAAAGAAUGUUGGAAAGGAUCUCUCCUCCAUUUCUAUGCCGGUUGAUAUGAAUGAGCCGAUUACUGUCUUACAAAAGUAUGCAGAGCAACUAGAAUAUUCUGAAAUGAUCGAUAAUGCUCUUGAUGGUACAUACCCCGAGAAUUCCGGUGAGCUCAUUUUGAGAAUCGCGGCUUUCGCUGUCAGCAACUUGUCUUCCUUCAGAAAGAAAAUCCGGAGUACUAGAAAACCCUUCAACCCAUUAUUAGGAGAAACCUUCGAAUUAGUUCGAGAAGAUAAGGGUUUUAGGCUCAUUAGCGAGAAGGUUUCCCACAAGCCUCCUGUCUUUGCCGUUUUUGCGGAAUCUGAACAAUGGUCUCUUAGUUACUCAGCUUCGCCAACGCAGAAAUUUUGGGGGAAAACAUAUGAAAUUACAACCAAAGGAAUUGUCAAGCUUUCUGUAAAGGCGACAGGUGAAACCUUUACAUGGUCACAGCCAACCAGUCUCCUCAAGAAUAUAAUCGCGGGUGAAAAGUAUACAGAGCCAUCGCUGUCAAUCCAUGUGAAAUCAAGUUCUGGCCAAAGAGCGGUUGUCGAAUUCUCAAAGGGCGGUAUGUUUAGUGGUCGGUCAGAAGAUCUCACAAUAAAGGCUUUUGACUCUACCAAGAAACAGUUGCCAUACACAGUUGUUGGUAAAUGGACUGAGUCCAUGACCCUCAAGACUAACAACACUGAAAAAGUGAUCUGGACGGCGGGAAAUUUGCUUCCCAAUUGUGAAAAGAAGUUUGGCUUCACAGAAUUCGCAGGUUCUCUCAAUAAAAUUACCCUGAUUGAAGAAGAUUAUAUUCCCCCUUGUGACUCGAGACUUAGACCAGAUAUGAGAGCCUAUGAAAACGGCAAUGUUUCCAAAGCGGAACUGUUGAAGAUGCAAUUGGAAGAAGAUCAGAGAAAACGUCGCGCCGAAAUGGAGCAGAUUGGCAAAACUCAUACUCCGGCAUUUUUUAAACACCUCGGAAAUACAUCAGAACCGGACUCUGGCAAGUGGAUUUAUUUGACAGGAGAGAUGAGCUACUGGAACAGAAGACGAGCUAAGAACUGGCAAGGCAUCCAGAAGCUUUGGUGA